AUGACCGGUGGUGGAGCAACUGGACUCCCAACCGGUAGUGGAGUAGGAGGCUUUGCACCUGGCGGUGGAGCAACAGGAUUGACAACUGGUGGCGGAGUAAGAGGCUGCACCGGUGGUGGAGCAACUGGACUGCCAACCGGUGGUGGAGCAACAGGACUGCACCUGGGAUCGCACCGGUGGUGGAGCAACUGGACUCCAACCGGUGGUGGAGCAACUGGACUGCCAACGGGUGGCGGAGCAACAGGAUCGACAACCGGUGGUGGAGCAACUGGACUCCCAACCGGUAGUGGAGUAGGAGGCUUUGCACCUGGUGGUGGAGCAACAGGAUUGACAACUGGUGGCGGAAAGGCUGCACCUGGUGGGAGCAACUGGACUCCCAACCGGUGGUGGAGCAACGGACUGCAACCGGUGGUGGAGCAACGGAUCCAACCGGUAGGGAGUAGAGGCUUUGCACCUGGUGGUGGAGCAACUGGAUGCCCAACCGGUGGUGGAGUAGGACACUUUGCACCUGGUGGUGGAGCAACAGGAUUGACAACUGGUGGCGGAGCAACGAUCCCAACGGUGGAGGACUUUGCACCUGGUGGUGGAGCAACGGAUGCAACGGUGGCGGAGCAACAGGAUUGA